CAGCUUCCGGCCCGCCUGUCCUGUCUGCGGGCUCUUGACUGUCGGCUCGGCUCGGUGCGCGUCUUCCUGGUUUAUUUGAGGUGCGGACUCACUUUUAAAAACACGAAGUCUUCUCCCGGACCGGUUCCGCUCCUCUUCCUCAGAAAUGACUUUUUAAAGUCCAACUUUCAUCCGAACUGUCGCUGAAGUCUCGAAUCUGAUGUGACCGGACUUUGAACGGAAACCAGCAGCUGAUCCGAACCGUCCGCCAGAGUCCAACAUGAGAGCAGCUCUCAUCCUGCUCGCUGCUCUCAUCGGGCUCACUGAGGCCGCCAUGAGGCCCGAACACACACAGGAGGACCAGUACCCGUCUCUCCGCUCGAUGCUGGACGACUUCGACGUGCUGCCUCUCUCCAGCCUGCAGACGCACUCCGUCCGCCGCCGCGACGUCCAAACUCAAACCCACGUGGAGAAGCUGCUGAGCUUUGACGCCCUGCAGAGGCACUUCAGGCUCUACCUGAGGACCAACAACGAGCUGUUCACCGACGACUUCAGAGCCGUGAUCGUGGACGAGGACGGACGAGAGCGAAACUACGCCAUCAACAGACACAACUACUUCACCGGACACGUCAUCGGGGAGGAAAACUCUCGUGUCCAGGCUCAUAUAGACGACCAUGAGUUCUCCGCUCGCAUCCUGACCAACGAAGCUGAGUACAACAUCGAGCCUCUGUGGAGGUUCACGUCGGCGCCACCUGAUGGCCGCCUGCUGAUCUACCGCUCAGAGGACAUCAGGAACCUCAGCCGACUGCACCAGCCGUCCGUCUGCGGCUACCUGACCUCCGAGCCCGGCCAGCUGCUGCCUGCAGGCGUCAGAGAGUCCAUGUUGGAGGAGCAGGAGGAGGAAGAGUCCGUGUCCAGAGGGAAGCGUCAGGUCCACGAUCACCUGAAGAACACCUGUCCUCUGCUGCUGGUGGCCGACCACCGCUUCUUCAAACACAUGGGCCGCGAGGAGGAGAGCACCACCCUCAACUACCUGAUCGAACUCAUCGAUCGCGUCGACGACAUCUACAGAAACACGUCGUGGGACGAUGAGUUUGUGGGUUACGGUGUUCAGAUCCAACAGAUCAUCAUAGAGAAAAGUCCGACUGCCGUCGCUCCGGGAAAACGUCACUUCAACAUGAGAGUAAGUCCGGAGGAGGACAGAGAUGUGUGGGACGUCAAGAAGCUGCUGGAGCAGUUCAGUAUCGACAUCGCAAAGAACGCCUCCAAUGUGUGCCUCGCUCACCUCUUCACCUAUCAGGACUUUGAUGAAGGCACUCUGGGUCUGGCCUACGUCGCCCCGUCCAAACCGGACAUCCCCGGAGGUCUCUGCUCCAAAGCCUGUCCGUCAUCUUCCAACGAAGAACGAGAGAUCUACCUGAACACGGGCCUGACCAGCACCAAGAACUACGGGAAAACCAUCCUGACGAAGGAAGCCGACCUGGUGACGACUCACGAGCUCGGUCACAACUUCGGAGCGGAACACGACCCGGACAACAUCCCGUACUGCGCCCCGCGAGAGGACCAGGGAGGGAAGUACGUCAUGUACCCCAUCGCUGUGAGCGGCGACCACGUCAACAACAAGCUCUUCUCCAACUGCAGCAAACACUCCAUCGUCAAGCGUCUGAGGUCCAAGGCGCCGUCCUGCUUCAAGCAGAGGAACAUCAAUGUGUGCGGGAACUCUCGGGUGGAGCAGGGCGAGGAGUGCGACCCGGGGCUGCUGCACCUGAACUCGGACCACUGCUGCACCCCCGAGUGCAGGCUGAGAGCCGGAGCUGAGUGCAGUGACAGGAACAGUGCGUGCUGUAAAGGCUGCAGGUUCGAGUCUGCAGGUGAAGUCUGCCAGGAGCCCAUCAACGCCACCUGUAAAGGUCACUCGUACUGCACAGGAGUCAGCAGCGAGUGUCCGCCGCCAGAGAACGCUCGGGACAAGACGGCGUGUCUGGACAGCGGCGAGUGUCUGAACGGAGAGUGUGUUCCCUUCUGCCAGGCCCAGCUGAAGCUGCAGCCCUGCGCCUGCAACGAAACCAACUCGUCCUGUAAAGUCUGCUGUCGGAACAGCAGCGGCGUCUGCGCUCCGUACCAGGACGCAGCGGGCGGCUUCCUGUUCCUGCGGAAAGGGAAACCCUGCACCGUGGGCUUCUGUGACGGAGCGGGGAAGUGUAUGAAGCAGGUGCAGGACGUCAUCGAGCGUCUGUGGGACUUCAUCGAUAAACUGGACAUCAACACGUUCGGGAAGUUCCUGGCUGAUAACAUCGUGGGCUCGGUGGUGGCGUUCUCUCUGCUGUUCUGGGUUCCCUUUAGCAUCCUGGUCCACUGUGUGGACAAGAAGCUGGAUCAGCAGUAUGAACAGAACACCAAGUCUCUGUUCUUCCCCAGUAAUGCCGAGCUCCUGAGCAGCCUUGAGUCCGCGUCCGUUCGGAUCUUCAAACCUCCAGCCUUCCCAACCAGCACCAAUUCCACUGGGCUGCGCCUCCACCCGUUCGGUCCCCAGCAGACCAGCACCCCUCCGAUCUCCAGCUCUGACCCGGCCCCGGUCCUGGCCCCGGCCCCGGCCCCGGCCCCCGGCCCAGCUCACCCCACUCUUGACAGCCCACGCAUGGCCACCAUCCAGGAGGACCCCAGCUUUGACUCCCACCUGGACGAGGAGGCACUGCAGGAGGCGUUCGGGCGCCCUGCCGGGUCGGGUCAGCGCUCCUUCGAGGACCUGACAGAGAAAAGCCUGACGAGUUGCAGCGAGAAGGCGAUAAUGUUCAGACUGCAGAGACAACAUCAGAUCGACAGCAAGGAGACGCAGUGCUGAGAGGACGCAUCUGUCCACACCUGUCCUCACCUGUCCUUACCUGUCCACACCUGUCCUCACCUGUCCUUACCUGUCCUCACCUGUCCACACCUGUCCUCACCUGACCUCACCUGUCCUUACCUGUCCUCACCUGUCCU